AUGUCCACGAUAGCUGUCUCCGCAAAGGUGCUGUGGGCUGUGUUUUCUUCAACGGCAACCAGUACUGUGUGCAGCAAGACAGCCAAGACGAGUGCAAAGCCGCAUGCCGAAAACUUCUUGGACAGAAGCCGACCGACAAUAACUUCUUCCUUUACACAGUCUUCGGAGGUGGGAUACAAGCACAGAAACCGGCAAUUGCUAGUGUUUAUCUCUUUCACGAUCAAAGACAGAUUAGGUGUCAUCACAUUGUGGAAGAAGGCGACUAUCAGAUUAACGGGAUGUACUUACUCAAGUAAAAGUCAAGGUUCAUUGCCUGGUCGAGCCAGUAGUCCCAGCGUGCCUCGUUUGCUUUUCGUCUCUGUCUUUCCGUAUCCACAACAACAUGUACACAUGGUCACGAUGCAAAAGAUCGGUUAUCAUUCUUUAUCUACCGAAGACCUACGAAAGAAGAGCAUAUUCGUUAUGUAG